ACCGCCGGCGUGGGUGCGGUGCGGCGCCGGGAAGGUGGCGGCGGGACGGGGCGGGCCUGGUUGGGGCACGCGCGAGCUCGACGGGGGCACUUUUCGGAAACUCCGGGGCGCUGAGAAACAUGGCACUUCCCACGCUGCCCUCCUACUGGUGCAGCCGGAGGCUCCUGGACCAGCAGAUGGCCCGACAGCGACACCAAGAGCAGGAGGCCCGGCUUCGGCAGCAGUGGGACCAGAACAGCCGCUACUUCAGGAUGUCUGAUAUCUGUAGCUCCAAACAGGCGGAAUGGAGCUCCAAGACCUCCUACCAGCGGAGCAUGUAUGCCUAUCAGCGUGAGAAGAUGAAGGAGGAGAAGAGGAAGCAGCUGGAAGGCAGACGGGAGAGACUCAGGCAGCUGCUGCUGGAGGAGCAGGAGCUGCUGGCCAGAGAACUCGAGGCGCUGCGGUUAAGCAUGGACUUGCGGGAGGGAAGAAUCCGGGAGCGGCACGGCAGUCUGAAGUCGGCCCGAGAAGAGCAAAGGAAACUGAUUGCUGAACAACUUUUGUAUGAACACUGGAAGAAGAACAACCCCAAACUUCGAGAGAUUGAAUCAGCCCUUCACAAGGAGCAUGUGAUAAACUCCUGGAAAAUGCAGAAAGAAGAAAAAAAACAGCAAGAAGCCACUAAAGAGGAAGAGAACAAACGGUCUGAAAAUGAGUAUGAACGGGCCCGAAGGGAAGCACUGGAGCGGAUGAAAGCGGAGGAGGAGAGGAGGCAGUUGGAGGGCAAACUCCAGGCUGAGGCGCUGCUCCAGCAGAUGGAGGAGCUGAAGCUGAAGGAGAAGGAGGCCACCAAACUGAAGAAGGAGCAGGAGAAUCUGCUGAAGCAGCGGUGGGAGCUGGAGAGGCUGGAGGAAGAGAGGAAGCAAGUGGCAGCUUUCCGGCAGAAGGCGGAGCUAGGACGCUUCCUGCGACAUCAGUAUAAUGUGCAACUCAAUAGGCGUACACAGCAGAUCCAAGAGGAACUGGAGGCGGACAAACGCAUCCUGCAGGCGCUCAUUGAGAAGGACGAUGAGAACCAGCGCAUGCACUUGGCCAGGCGGGAGCAGGCCCUGGCUGAUGUGGCCUGGAUGAAGCAGGUCAUUGAAGAGCAGCUGCAGCUGGAGAGGGAGCGGGAGGCAGAGCUGCAGCUGCUGUUGAGGGAGGAGGCCAAGGAGAUGUGGGAAAAGAGAGAGGCGGAGUGGGCCCGGGAGAGGAGCGCACGAGACAGACUGAUGAGUGAGGUUCUGACAGGGAGACAACAACAAAUACAAGAAAAGCUUGAAGAAAACCGACGGGCACAAGAGGAGUCCCUGAGACACAGGGAACAGCUUAUUCAAAAUCUUGAGGAGGCAAGAGAGUCAGCUCGUCGUGAGAAAGAGAAGAGUGAGGAACUGAAAUCGGCCAGGAAACAGGAGCUUGAGGCCCAGGUUGCAGAGCGCCAGCUGCAGGCAUGGGAGGAGGACCAGCAGCAGGAGGAAGAGGAAGAGGAAGCGAGGCAGGCAGAGCAGCUCACCGACACCCUGCUGCAGGAGGAGGCGAAGAUGAUGGCCGAGCGGGGCUACCGGCCCCAGCCCUACGGACAUCCCAGAAUUGCUUGGAACUGACUUCGUUGGUACCAUAAGCACAGAGAGCAGGGACCCUGAGGCUUUUGAUGCACAGGUGCCAGAUGGUUGUACAGUGUUCUGUUUGAGUGUUUGGGUCACUGCAAAACAGUUCAGUGAGCCUGUUUGGGUCCAUAGUUAAACGGAGCAAGGGCCACACCAGACUAAGGUGGUGUGGAUAGGCAGCAUCCAGCAGGAGGCUGUUUCCUGCCUUUUGUGUCCAAGGUGGGUCUCUUCUAGUCACACGACAGUGCUGUCGCCCAGUCCCAUGAUAGACUUAGAAAGUCAGACUCCGCAUCCCAGCUAGGAGCUGUGGAGUGUGUCCUGUGACAGGAUAUAUUUUUCCUGUUGCCUCAUGCUAAUCGUCAACCUCCAGUGAAGACUCCCGCUGGAGAGAUGAAGGAAGUUUCUCAGUUUUUAAACUUGCCAUUUAAAUUUCACUGUUCUGUUGAGAACAAAUUGGUAAGCCUUGGUGCACUUUAUUUUAGAGUUUAUCAAUUUAGUGGUCCCAGAAGGAUCACGUCUUGUUUUCUGGAAGAAAAAACUAUGAACUCUGAGACAGGCUGAUGUGCUCCAUGAGUGCUUUCCGGAAAGGCAGCAAGAAAUAGGUCUUUCCUCCUUCAGGAAUCAUUUGAUAGAAUUUCCAUAGAUCACCCUGUGUGAGGUGAUCCCAACAUGUAUGACUAAAUCCCAGAAGGGGGCCUCAAAAGGCCACCUGGGUGGCUAGCCUUUUGGCAUGACACUUUUUUUUUUUUUUUUGGCAUGACACUUUGGACCUCUUGUGUCUUGUGAAGGUCUCAGCGCCAUGCAGCCUUCUGGGAUGUGUGUGUCCUGAGCCUGAAGGAAGUACUCAGGAUUGUACUCAACCAGAUUGGCUAGAACUUGCUCUUCCCACUGUGACACAGUUCUAGAUUAAUCUCUGCAAGGAGUACAAGUUCCCUGCAGCAAUAAUCAUAUUUUUAUGACUUGUAUUUUUUUUUCCAGAUUCUUCCUCUGAGACUUCAGUUUUCAUUAUAUUGUAUUUAAGGUUGCACAUCUCAGUAAAUUACAGCUAAUUAAAGGGCUAUGUGCCAGGUUAUUAAAAACCAGAAUUUAUUAAAAAAAAGUCCAGAGUGUAAUGGGCUGCAUUGCCUUCCACAUACAUUGUGCACUAUAAAAACAAAUGGAGCAGCAAACUGUAUCCUUAAUCUGUUUUUCUUUUUUUUUGUCUUAAAUUUCUUUGGAUAUGAUCCCCUGAGCACCACUUCCAUCACUUCCAUUAUGCUUGCUCCUAUAUGCUUCCCCGUUUCAAAUGUUCAUUUAUUAUGAAAUAAAGUUCUAGUGUGAAGGGAUUGCUUUCCAAGCUUUGUUACUUUUGCUUUUAGUAAUUGUUGCAAAGUGGGCUGCAUAGAAUGAAAGAUUUUUACUCUCCUACAGCUUUGUUUAUUUCCUAGGACUGCUCACAUUUUCUAGGUUAUAGUCAUUUUUCUUGUAGAAGUGCUGUUGUCUCCCCUCUAAUUUUCACUGGAUCGUCUUCUAAGUAAACCAUAGGGAAUUAUUGGGAGUCAUAUACUGUCUGAGCUCCAGUAUAGAUUUGAUGUGGACAAAAUGUCUGGUAAAUAGGCAUGUAGAUAUUUACUGAAUAUUUCUUAUUUCUUUCUAUUUCUUGUUUUUGAGGCCUGCCAGUAAUAUUCCUUAAUUGCAUUAAAAGUCUAUGUGAUGCUGGUUCUCUAAUUCAUUUACAUGUUUCCUCUCUAAACUUGGUCAGAAUAAUAGUUUGUAAGUUUAGAGCUUCCAUUGCUUUACUGGUUCCAGUAUAGCCCAGAGUCCUCUUCUCUCAUUUAUAGUUUGUACCAUGAUUAUGUGUGUCUAUUGGGUUUGUUGUUUUUAAGCAUCUUUUUCUAUUUCUUGUAAAAUCAGUGAGUUUUGGAUUAUUCUUCACAGAUUCUUCUAUGAAGCUCAGUUCCCUUUAGAAUAGAUGGUGCUGGGCAGCCCGGGUGGCUCAGCGGUUUAGCGCUGCCUUCAGCCCAGGGGCCUGAUCCUGGAGACCCAGGAUAGAGUCCCACGUCGGGCUCCCUGCAUGGAGCCUGCUUCUCCCUCUGCCUGUGUCUCUGCCUCUCUCUCUGUCUCAUGAAUAAAUGAAUAAAAAUAAAAUCUUAAAAAAACAAAACAAAACAAAAAACAGAUGGUGCUGAAGCCACCACUAAUAAGAAGUGAUUAUUAUUUCCACUCUUUCUGCUCAUUCAGCAUAUAUUUUGAGUUAAUUUUUGUGAAGGGUGUCAGGUCUGUGUCUGUAUAUAUUUUCUUGGGCAUGUAGAUGUCCAGUUGUUCCAGCACCAUUUGUUUAAAAGAAUACUUGCCUCAUCAUAUCAUCUUGGCUCCUUUGUCAAAUAUCAGUUGACUGUAUUUAUGUCAGUGUAUUUCUAGGCUCCUUAAUCUGUUCCAUUGACCUGUUUAUUCUUUUGUCAGUACCACAAACUUCUGUAGUCAAUUCCACUGUCCUGAUUACUGUUGCUUUAUUGUAAGUCUUGAAGAUGAGUAGUUAUCAUUUGUUCUUUUCCUUUAGUAUUGUACUGGCUCUUCUGGGUCUUUGCCUCUCCACAUAAACUUCAGAAUCAGUAUGUUAAUAACUACAAAAUACCUUGCUGGAAAUUUUUUUAAGCUUUUUUAUUUUUAAGUAAUUUCUGCACCCUUGUGCGACUCCAGCUUGUAACUCCAGGAUCAAGAGUUGCGUGCUCCACUAAGCCAGGUGCCUCAGUUGCUGGGAUUUUGACUAGGAUUGCAUCGAAUCUAUAGAUCAAGUUGGAGGAACGGACAUCUUAACAAUCUUCCUGUCCACAAGGAUGGAAUUUUCUUUUUAAAGAUUUAUGUAUUUAUUCAUGAGAGGCACAGACUGAGAGAGAGAGAGACAGAGACAUAGGCAGAGGGAGAAGCAGUCUCCUCGCAGGGAGCCCGAUGCAGGACUCGAUCCUGGAUCCCAGGAUCACGACUUGAGGUGACAGCAGGUGUCCAACUGCUGAGCCACUCAGGCAUCCCACAUGGGAUAUUUCUUUUUCUUUUUUUUUUUUUUAAGAUUUUAUUUAUUUAUUCAUGAGAGAUACAGAGAGAGAGGCAGAGACACAGGCGGAAGGAGAAGCAGCAGGUCCUCGAGGGGAACCUGAUGUGGGACUUGAUCCCAGGGUUCCCGGCUCACACCCUGAGCCAAAGGCAGAUGCUCAACCACUGAGCCACCCAGGCGUCCCACAUGGAAUAUUUCUUUCUAAAAUUUCA